GGGAGUGGUGUGUGAUCCUCCAGAGAGAGAGCCAGAGCCUCCGCCUUACAGCCCUCAACACCACCUGAGGGGCGGCACUACACUCUCACUUCCCUUAUCCCGCCACCUGACAGUUCAACGUGUGGCGCCAAAUUGAAUGGGGAAGAAUGGACCGAGUGGAGGAGUUAAGACAGCAGCUGAAGGAGGCAUUGGAGAUGUUCCACCACUCACAGCAGAAGAAGUGGCUCUAUCUCCAAGAGAUUCACAAGACUAUCCUGGAAAUUUUGGGUAAAUAUAUGGCAGAGACAAUACGACUGAAUAUCCAAAGUUACUUUGAAGAGAGGAAUGAAAAUCUUCAUAUAACUCUCAAGAACAUAGAUGACUCCCUCAAUCAAGCGUCUGAGGCUCAUGCUACAAUUUGUAGCUACAGAUCAAAACUUAUUGAUGCUUGCAAUGACAGAAUACAGCCGACAGUCAAGGUUGAUGAUGGCGAUAUACUGUUGAGUGAAGUAGGACUGAGUGACCUACAGAAUAUGUCCAGCAAAACAGAGCAGUGUGUCCUGCAGAUUAGUGACCUACAGGACAGAUAUUGUUCUCUCAUGGUUGACAUUGAGGACAGAGUCAUUCAAAGGGUUGAUGGCCUCCUCAAUGACAUGGAAGCCCAGAUUAAGCAAUUGGAUCAAGAGAGGAGCAAUGAGGUUGCAUCUCUCAUAGAUGCCAGCAAUGAGGAACUAGACAAAGCUGUGCAGGUUUUGCAGAGUAUGGAACAGAUGAAGCAACAAAUGGAGUCUCUCUUUCAAAUUCUUAAAAAACCUAACUCGACGUUUUAAAAUGGAUUAUAUAUUUAUUAAGGAGGAGAUAUUUUCUUUUUCCAAAGGUGCAAUUAGAAAGUAGAGAUCCGGCAAAGUAAAAUAUUUGUUUCAUGGAGUACAGUACAGUACUGUAAUAUACCAUCAUUAAAAUAAAACCUUUAAUACUUUAAAAGAAAUAUUUGUGGUAACUAUUCAUUGUACAGAACUACAUGGUGGCAAUGCUGUAGGCCUUAAAAUGUUGGCAAUGAUAACUACGUACUGUACAGAGCUACACUUAUUUUGCACGUCUUCCAAUUUGUUUAUGAGAAUAUGGUUCGGGAAUUUCAAUGGAUUUUGUACUUACAUGUGUGUGUAAUUUUGUAGAUGCAAGACAACAAGGCUUCUUCUCAAAAAGCUACACUGUACAUAAUUUUCCAAAUCAGACUAAAUGUAAAACCAAUUUUAUCACAAGAUAUUGGCUUUAUAACCAGUCCUUAAUUUCUUUGUUUUUUAUCAGCUUGAAAAACCAUUAUUCAAGUGAUUAUAAUAUCUGAUUUUCAUUAAUCAACAGAAUAUGCAAGAAACAUGUCCCUGUCUGACUCUGUGGUCCAGUGUUCAGUUAAAUUACGCUCUACCGUCCAGCCCGAGUGGUUGGGCAUGCAAACAGUAAGAAAAUGUAUUUUUUUGUGGAAUAAGACCAGUCCUAUGGAAGAACAUCUUCAGGAAGUAAACUUUAAUUACAGUAGUAACCUAUUUAAAUGUGUAAAUAUUAUUUACCAGGAGAAUGUAAAUAUUAUUUACCAAGAGUAAUAAGUAAAUAUUAACAGAAGGCACCAAGCUGGGAAGACCAUAUUGCAAACUCCAGUAAUAGUUCUUAAGUCAUUGUCGUACUCUUCAGCAUUUAGUAACAUGAGGUAUCAGCCUUGUGUUACAUAACUGGUAGAAAUUUGAAAACUGGCCACUUUAAUCUCUUUCAUAAAAGUUGCACGUCAAGAUUUAUUAGUCCUAGAAAGUGUUUUCGCAUCUAUCAAGUUCACCGGUACAAAACACAGCUACAGUACUGUCAAAGGUGAGGCUGCUCUUGCCUUUUUACAUACAAAAAGCUAUACGGCAUAUUGUAAUACCUGUCAUUAUUAUAGCUUCAAAGCAGCAGAGAAACAUGCCAUACUGGAUUAUAUUUAAAUUUGAAGGGUAAUAGUGGUUGUUUGCAUAUACAGGUACAGUACCGAGAAAUGAAAGGCGAGUCCACAUUCAGCUUUGCAAUUUCAGAUAAGUGGUGAUUGGUAUCUUUGGAACACUGAUUUUUGUGGAACCAUUGCUUUCUUAUUUGUUUCAUUACCUGUUCUAGGUUUGUGUUGUCUGGAGAAGCCCAGUUGGCUCCCUGAGAUAACUUCUCUCUAUCGAGUCACAUCAUCCAUUGGAGUCAUGUACAGUAUGGCCGACCAGAAUCUGGCAUCUCACAUGAGCACAGGGAGCGUGGGGAUAUUUACUCGUGUGGGUGUUUCUUUUGGCUCUUUUGGUGGCCCCCAGCCUUAGUUUCUGGCAGUUCUAGCCUAGUGUUUAAUCCCAGGUGUUUUUCUGUGGCUGUGUUUCUUCCAGCAGAUUGGCUCAGUAAUGUACCAGCCUGGUUUGAAACUUUUCUAUUCUACACGUCUGGUACUUUGUGUGUGUAUUGCCAUUUGUAUAGUGAGCAGGUGGCUAUGUUGACC